AAAGUAGGUAAUAAUAGGUAGCGGAUAGCUUCACAUGGCGUCUGAAAAGUGGAACCGGCCCAGGCCGGUCGGGGACAAAGAGCGAAGAUACGAUAACGAUAGCAUCUUCUUGAAAGGGGAGGGGGGGCCAGAGUCGAUGUCCUGUCAAAGAACCGUGUGACUCAGGUCCGCUCGGCUGACAACUCGGGCCCGGAGGCCCACAAAUCGAACUCGGGUCCCGGGCCGCGUGAGGUGCCAACCUCCGGCGGAGCAGAGCAUACCAGGCCGGAAACAGUCGAGUGUCUGCCUAUCCAAAGAUUAGGUGCAGCCUGAUUUGAGAAACUCAACCAGCUCAUCCGUCAUUCUUUGGUGAACCGCGCUGUUUGAGAGGCGCCAUCCAAGUAGAAAAACACAUUUCUUCCGCCCCCUGCCACUCCUCCCAAGCCUUGCGCUGAAGGAACGUUGACGAAGAAAGCACUAUUCACAUAGCAAAGCGAUGGGCUCGGCCACAAGAAUCCCAACAUGCGCCGGAAAGACCGUUCUGGUCACUGGCGCAGCCGGGACGCUCGGCCAAGCGACUGCAAUCUCGUUUGCCGUCGCAGGGGUCGCCCGCCUCGCCGUCAUCGACCACGUCGACGUUUUGGAUACGCGUGAACAGGCUCUCCAGGCUGCCUUGGAUGCCGGCAAUCCGGCGCCCGACGUCCUCGCUUUGGUCGUCGACGUCUGCGACGUCGCGAGCGUUGAGGCGGGCGUGCGGGAGGUGAGCUCGGCGUGGGACCACGUCGACAUUUUCGUCAACGUUGCAGCUUCUUCGUCCAAACCCGCCAUCGCCCGAGGCGAUGUGACCGGGUUGAGGGACGCGGAUGCCCGAUGGAAGGUCUGGGAGGCCAACGCCAAGGGCAUCAGCCUCAUGGCCCGGGCACUGGUGCCCCUCUUGUCGCGCGGCUCAGACAGGACGAUCGUGAACGCGGCCACUGUCUUCUCCGACGAUCUUGCGGCGUCUGCAAUCGAUAGCCAGUUUUCAGUUCUGGCGCUCACGCAGAUUUCAGAGUGUCUGAUGCUCGACAACGCGCACGAGGGCCUGCUGGUUUACUCUGUGAACCCGAACAUCGAUCUGAGGGGAAGAGUGCCAGCGGCCGUGGGACAAGUCAUGGAUGUCAGACGCAGCGAUUUCAUUGUCCAUCUGACCGGCAGACGGCGCGACUGGCUGGCGGGAAGACAUGUCGGAAGCGUCGAGGACUUGCUUGAGCUACAGGCCCGAGACGAAGACUCGGCCGGUAGUUCCCCUUUGAAGGCGUGGCGUCCUGUUGAGAUGGGUCGUGAGGUUUUUUUGCUGCCUUGGACGUCUAGGAGGGGUAGAGUGCCUCGUAGCAGUUACUGAGCAGUCUGUCGGGACGACUGGCAUGUCGUUGUCAAUGUGAGCUGAUGGGUCUCAUCGAUUGAAACAUGGCUUGAUGGGCACGGUCAGGGGAACUCGGUAUGAACUUUAGCGGGAGUUUAAAUAUGCACAAUCAAGACUAAAUAUUGUCUCGGCCAA